AUGUUGAACCAGAUCGUUCUCGCGGCUCUUAUGCCCGCCGUUAUGGCAAGUCCCAUUGCCCAGCGAAGCCAGUCAGCGGUUCCUUCGGGCAUGGGCGGCGUGAUGUAUCAUAACAACAUCCCGACUGCUGCAGCCCACGCUAUGGAUAUGGACACGAUGGCGAUGAAGAAUGCCGCUCUCCAGAAGAUUAAGCACAACAACAAAGACGCCUCGCAAACCAAGAACCACGCUCGUGCUCCUGAACCAACUGUGUUCGUCGCGCCUACGCAGGUGGUCGGUCGCCAGAUCAACACUACCAUGCUGGAGGACAUGUCCAAAAAUGCUGUUUCUUUCGCAACCGGUAUUGCUGAAUCUAUCGCCAGCGGUCUCGCGAAUCUACCCCCUUCUAAGAGGGCCGACAAGCCAGCUUCCACCUCUAGUGCUCCUCUAGCUGCACCAACGAACGGCACUGGUGCCAUGAAUGCGACUGAGCUAGCUAAAGCAAAAUGUGAUUGUGUCGGCGCCUGCUCUGAUAUAGAUGGCAAAUCCAAGCAAAUGAAGUGUAUCAAAGAGUGUGCUAAGGAAUGCGAUGGCGACGACGAUACCAAGGAGAAGAAGGACCCAGUAAAGAACCUGCUGGGAUCUCUCGGCCUCAGAGAGGUCACACCUGCCCAAAUCGAACACGCAAAAAGGCCUAAGCCUAUGCCUGUCAAGGUCACCGCGGCAGCCGGCGAAGAAGCUUUCGAGGAGUGUAUGAAGAACUGCAAGAGCCACAACUGUCAACACUCCAGCGUCGGCCUUAGCAUUGACCAGUGCGGCAAGACUUCGUGCGAGGAGACUUGCGCAAAGCACAAGAAGAGUGCGUCUUUUGGCAAGAAAAUUAGUAAGAAAGGACACCCAGAGAAUUGGCCAUUGGGCGUCCCAAAACCUAAACCUGCGUCGGCGCCUAAACAUGAAGCUGCGGCAGCAAAGAAAGAGGAAGAAUACGAAUCCUGUAUGAAGGAGUGCAAAACCCACAACUGCCAACACUCUAGCGUUGGGCUCAGCGUCGAUCAAUGCGGUGACACUUUCUGUGAGGACGGAUGUGCCAAGUUUAGGAAAGCCGCAAGUUUCGCAUCCGAGAAGACCGUCCACAAGACAUACCUUAGAGCCGUCGACAGCUACCCCACCAAGCCGGAGCCCAAGCCUAAGCACGACGUAUCUGUAGCAGGCAAGGAAAGCGAGGAAUUUGAAGCAUGCAUGAAAGAGUGCAAGACUCACAACUGUCAACACUCUGGCGUCGGGCUUGACGUGGACCAGUGCGGUGAUACCAUGUGCGCCGAUUCCUGCGCAGAGUACAAGCAUGCCGCGGCCGGUGCCAUCCACGGCGGAAUGCACCCUCGGGACCAGCUCAACUAUCCUUCAUCUCCUAGGCCAGUCCCCCAGCCCGCCGCUAUCCCAGCUCCUAAGCCCGUUUUCAAGUCGCACCCACCCCCAACACACAAAACUGCUAGCAUGGCCAGCGAGAACGAAGAAUUCGAGGCAUGCAUGAAGGAGUGUAAGACCCAUAACUGCCAGCACUCCAGCGUCGGUCUCUCCAUCGACCAAUGUGGCGAUACUGCGUGCGCCGAUGCUUGCGCCGGGUACAAGAAGAGCGCGAAGGCCGGGCACAAGCACAUCCACAAGAAGCAAGUCGAACCCGUGCCUAAGAUCGAGGCUCUACCUGCUGUUCCAGCGGUAGCCCCACUCCCAGCCGUAGAACGUCUCCCCGCUGUCCCGGCCGUAGCUCCCCUGCCAGCAGUCCCCAACGUCGCCGUCGCCCCCAACGCGGCUCCCGCCCCCGACAGGCCCGCCACCCCUGCCCCAGCCUCUCCCGCUGGUCCCGGCUCCCACCCCCCGCCAGACGUCCCCGUAGCCGCCAAGAAGGGGUCUGAGGAUUUCGAAGCCUGCAUGAAGCAGUGCAAGUCGCACAACUGCCAGCACACCUCCGUCGGGCUCGAGACCGAGCAGUGCGGCAAAACUUCUUGCGAGGACGAGUGCGCGUCGUACCACGAGGCCGACGCCGCCGUCGCCGGAAAGCAGAUGGUCAAGGAGCCCGGCGCCAAGCUCGUCGCGAACCCGGGUCUAGGUCCGGACGUGCUAGCUGUUCCCAACGUCCACGACGUGCCGGUUGCCGAAGGGCACGCAAGCCAAGAGUACGAGGACUGCAUGAAGAAGUGCAAGACCCACAACUGCCAGAAGACCGGCGUCGGCCUCGACACCGAGCAGUGCGGUGACACCUCGUGCGAGGAGAAGUGCGUCAAGGGCCACAGCGAUGCUGCUUUCCGAGCUCAUGGCAAGGCGUAA